GGAACAAAGGCGUGUCCAGUCACCGGCGACUCGAGGGAAGGACCGGUAAUACCAUCCCACACCUCGGAUACUGUACCGCCCCGUUGAGGAGCAGCAGCCAGCCAGCCAUCACAGUGCAAACCGGCGGACGGAGAACAGCGGCAGGCAGGCAGGCAGGCAACAGUGCAGUGUGAAGCGACUCGCCCCUCCCCGACUCAGACUCAGCAGCGACCGCGCAGGGCUCCGAUGGCCAUGAUGCUGGACGACACGGCCGACUCGAACGACGAGCGCGGCCGCGCCAUCUACGCGAGCUGCAGCCCCGAGUGCUUCGUGCUCGCGCUCGUGUACAUGGACCGCCUGCACCAGAUGCAGGGCUUCGUGCUCACGGAGCUCAACGUGCACCGCGUGGUCAUCACGAGCGUCGUGCUGGCCGCCAAGUUCUUCGACGACCACUACUUCAACAACGCCUACUACGCCAAGGUGGGCGGCGUGCCCUGUCCCGAGAUGAACGAGCUCGAGGUCGAGUACCUGCUGCUCAUCAACUUUAGCCUCCACGUGAGCAGCGAGACGUACGCGCGCUACUACAACGAGCUGGCCAACCACUACAUGUACACGCGCGUGCGCAACUCGUCGCUGCCGCACUCGCCGUACUACCAGCUGCGCCACUUCGUCGCGCCCGACCAGCAGCACGAGGGGCAGCUCGUGUACGUGACCGAGAGCUACCCGAAGGUGCCGCCGCCGCAGGAGCAUCGGCGCAGCCAACCGCUGCCGCUGCAUCAUCACCACCAGUCACAGCCAAUGAUGGCCCCCAUGCGCCGGACAGUAGAAGACGGCGAGAACGGCGCGGUGCCGGCUGCAGCAGGCUCCUCAACAGGGAACAACGGCAAUGGCAUCGCCUGCACAAAGUCAAGUCGGGCCUCCGGGCAGAAGAGGAGGAGCGCCGUCGCGCUCGGGGUGAACGCGUAACAUACUUUUCCAAGCGGCUGCUUGGUUGUAAGAGAGGCGGAGGCACCCCUGGAGCGACACCACACAGAAACACCAUAAUUUUGACGGCGCGCGAGCCGGGAGCAGGAGCUGGACAGCCGACGAGGCUUGGGAGAAGGAUCACCCAGCCUUGGUUGAGCGACAAGUGUACGACCGAUCGUUGCAGCAAUCUCUAGGCGCGCUGAGAUGCGGUACCCCCAGUCCAAAGGUAGCAGGUGUGCCGCGCAAACUCGCGCGCCUCUGCGCGGAUUGGUCAUACAGCUCCCGUGCGCGCCAUCCUGCUCUUCCCGGUCGCUUCCGUCCCCCCAUUCGCCUCUCCUUUAAAAUAUAGCCACCUGGCUGUGGGUCAGUCAGUCGAUAGUCUUCCGAUAGUAUUAGCUGCUAGUCAAAGUCACCCAGGUUGCUUCCGCUUGCACGCCCUCGGUGCGAGUGCCUUUGUAAUCUAGACUCGGGUUCUUU